GGCCAGAGCAUAGCGGAGCGCGCGGGUGGGUGGGUGCUCGGACGUGGCUGGCCGGGACUUUGCCCCUGGGGAGACACUCCUGGUCCGGGCGCAGCUCGCUCAUGGCUCCCAGGGCAGCAGCGCCGGGAAGCGCCCGGCCUCGGCCCCAGCUGGACCGGCAGUUUCUCCAGCGUUUUCUGAAGAUCCAAGAAAUUUUAUUUCCUGCAUGCUGCUCCAAGAAUGCACUGAUGUUCCUAACCUUGCUCAUGGUUGCUCUGUUGGAGCAGCUGGUCAUUUAUCAGGUGGGAUUGAUUCCCAGCCAGUAUUACGGAGUUCUGGGGAACAAAGACUUCCAUGGAUUCCAGCAAGUGACAGCAGUUGCACUGAUUCUUAUUCUACUGAACGCUAUGCUGAAGAGCUUUGACCAGUUCAUCCGCAACCUGAUGUAUGUGAGCUGGAGGAAGACUCUCACAGAAUACCUCCAUGGCUACUACUUUCAGGGCCAGGUGUAUUAUACCUUGAAUAUUCGGCAUGAGGAAAUCGAUAAUCCAGAUCAAAGAAUCAGCCAGGAUGUGGAGAGGUUCUGCAAGCAGCUGAGCUCCAUGGCCAGUAAGCUCAUCAUCUCUCCCUUCACGCUUGCUUACUACACCUAUCAGUGCUUUUACAGCACUGGCUGGAUGGGCCCAGUGAGUAUUUUUGGAUAUUUUAUCAUGGGCACAAUUGUUAACAAGAUCCUAAUGAGCCCCAUUGUUUCAAAGCUGGUGCAGCAGGAGAAGCUGGAAGGUGAUUUCAGGUUUAAGCAUAUGCAGCUACGAGUGAAUGCCGAAUCCGCUGCUUUUUACAGAGCUGGGGAAGUUGAGCACAUGCGAACCAACCGCAGGCUGCAAAGCCUCCUGCAGACCCAGAGGGAGCUGAUAGGCAAGGAGCUGUGGUUGUACAUUGGAAUCAACACUUUUGACUAUCUGGGCAGUAUCCUGAGUUAUGUGGUGAUUGCUAUUCCCAUUUUCAAUGGAGUUUACGCUGAUCUGGAUCCAGCAGGACUGAGCUCUUUGGUUAGCAAGAAUGCCUUUGUCUCUCUUUACCUCAUUGGCUGCUUCAGCCAGCUCAUUGACCUUUCCACCACUGUGUCUGACGUAGCUGGCUAUACACACAGAAUUGGGGAGUUGCUGGAGAUGCUGCUGAAACUUUCCAGGAAGCAAAACGACUGUGACUCGCCAGGCAAAUGGGAAUUCAACAGCAUUUCCAAAGAGGAGGUGGUCUCAAGCGACACAGCUUUCCUCCUGGAGAAAAUCUCUCUCUCUGCUCCCUCUGAGAAGCUUCUCAUUAAGGAUCUAAACCUGAGAGUCACACAAGGGAACAAUCUACUGAUCACCGGGAACACAGGGACAGGGAAGACAUCUUUGCUGCGUGUCCUCGGUGGCCUCUGGGAGAGCAAGCAGGGGGAUGUCCACAUGCUGACUUGCUUUGGCCCCCAUGGGGUAGUUAUCCUGCCACAGCGGCCAUUCUUCACAGAUGGGACCCUGCGGGAACAGGUGAUAUACCCUCUGAAGGAAAUCUAUCCAGUUUCGGGGUCUUCGGAUGAUGAAAGGAUUCUGAGAUUCCUGGAGCUGACUGGGUUGUCUGAUUUGCUAGCAAGGACAGGUGGUUUGGACCAGCCAGUGGACUGGAACUGGUAUGACAUUCUGUCUCCAGGGGAGAUGCAGAGGCUCUCCUUUGCCCGACUUUUCUAUCUCCAGCCUCAGUAUGCAGUGCUGGAUGAAGCUACCAGCGCACUCACAGAGGAUGCAGAGGAUGAGCUGUACAGGAUCUGUGCACACCUGGGAAUGACUCUGGUCAGUGUGGGACAUCGCAAGAGCCUGGAAAAGUUUCACGGUUGGCGUCUGAACCUGUACGGAGAAGGUAAAUGGGAGCUCAGCAGAAUAAAGAAAGACUGAGCCACUCCCUGACUUGUCAUGGACAACAGCAAAAAAGAAUGCAACUAAGGCCUCAGCUGGGUCACAUACCAAAGUGCCUUGAAAUAAACACACCUUUUACAGGAAGCAUGGAUCUGAAAUAUUUCAGGACUUCAAAGCCAGCAGGUGCAUUAAGGCUUCUUUGACCCAAAGGCCUCCAGCUUAUACUGUGAAAGAGCAGGGGGAUUUAAACUCCUUCCCUCCACACCUUGCCUUUCUGUAUAAAUGGCUACCAGUCCAUUGUUCUGACUGCUGCGUCUCUCGCUCAAGAUCUCUCCCAGGAGGAAGGAAGAGGCCUUUGCUGCUUCCAUCCUUGCAACUUCUUUAAGUGAAUACAACUUUUAAUAACGUUGAAGCAGUGCUGGCAGUGAAUGGAGCAGGACCCUGCUCAUCUGAGACUGAGAAGGAUGCAUUUGUUUCAGUAUUAGAGCUUCAGCCUCGUUGCCACAGCCAGGAGCCUCCGUGUGGGAAGAUCUCUGUCUCUGUUGUGCUCAGGUUACUGCCUUGCCCUUGGCUGCCCACAAGUGUGAAAAUACAUGUCUGUUUUGGAAGUUUACCAGAAGCGUAUAUUAUACACAGAUUCCCCCUUCACCCGAUGAACCUAUUUUUGUUUAAAUAAGCAUUCAUUAAGGAGCCUGAAAGUGCUGGGGAUCUCAGCCCUUCAUACCACAACAGUGUACUUCAGGCUUCCUCAACCUCGGCCCUCCAAUGUUUCUGGCCUACAACUCCCAUGAUCCCUAGCUAGCAGGACCAGUGGUCAGGGAUGAUGGGAAUUGUAGUCCCAAAACAUCUGGAGGCCUGAGGUUGAGGAAGCCUGGUGUACUUCCUCCACAUCUUUAGUUUCCAUGGAGGCUCAGCAUUUGAACCAGCAGAGCAGUUAGAAGGCAUGUGAUUGACAAGGCUGCAAUACAUUCAGUAAUAUUACAUGCAGUAAUUAAUACCUGCAGCUGAGGCAGGUGUCCAGACGGACCUCACUGAAGUGUCUUAUUGAGAUAGAUGGAAAUGCUGUCUAGCAGAGAAUCUGUGGGCUAAUGCCAACUGCAAGGGCUACUUUCUUUGGACUGAUUUGGACUUUUUUAUUGGAUUAGAAUAAUAAAAGGGAAGAGUGACAUGAAAGACAAAGCUUGAAAA